UGGCGGGGCAGCGCGGGCAGCGGCACCCGGAAAGCUCCGGCAAACGAGGGCGAGCGCACGCCGGGGUGGUCGCGCCGCAGCCCCCGCCGUGCGGGGAGAGGCGGAGGGAGCUGGGCCUGUAGCGGGAGGACGGGAGGCAGCGGACCUGGGCUAGGGCAGCGGCGGUUCUCGCCGGACGUGAGGAAAGACUUUCUCCGUGAGGCCCGCGGGCCGGGGCUGGGCAGGGGCUGCCCGGAGCGCCUGGUCCGGACUCAGAGCCGGGACCUGCCUGGCGGCCCGAGCGGUCCGUGCUGAGAGAAAUGAAGCACACCGGCGGUACCGCGGGUGUCACCAGGUACAGCGGGGCGCGUCUGGUGGCAACAGGCGCGUUCUGACACUGUGCAAGGGAGGAACAAACUUUUUAGCAGGGCUUGUUACGACAGGACAGGAGAUGCUGAAAGGAUUGUCAAUUAUACAUGAUUGGCGACAUCGUAGAAACUGAACAAUGCCAAGUAAAGGAUCCCAUGGAUUUGUUUCAUUCUGGGGAAGUUGUAAAAAUAUGUGCCCCUAUGGUCCGCUAUUCAAAGUUGGCUUUCAGAACCUUGGUUAGGAAGUACAGUUGUGAUUUGUGUUACACACCAAUGAUAGUGGCAGCUGAUUUUGUGAGAUCUGCAAAAGCCAGAGACAGCGAAUUCACAACAAACAAAGAAAAAUCUUCAGAAGCACUUGUGGUCUUUUCAGUACCAGAAGUGCACUUGCUUCGUGCACUUGCUUUAUACAUUUGCUGGAUCAUCUCUUUCCAUCAGGGCUCAGAUAUCCCGCUUUCUCUUGACUGCAGCAAUUGUUUAUAUGGUGAUCGUCCAUUGAUUGUUCAGUUUGCUGCUAAAGAAGCACAGGUUUUAUGUGAUGCUGCCCGUAUCGUCUGUCCUUUUGCAGAUGGAAUAGACCUGAACUGUGGCUGUCCUCAAAGAUGGGCAAUGUCAGAAGGUUAUGGUGCCUGCUUAAUAAAUAAACCAGAGCUCAUUCGAGAUAUGGUGAGACAUGUACGGAAUCAGAUUGACAACCCUGGAUUUUCAGUAUCUAUUAAAAUAAGGAUCCAUGAGGACUUAAAAAGAACAGUUGACCUUUGUCAAAAAGCCGAAGCAACUGGAGUUUCAUGGAUUACAGUACAUGGGAGAAGUGUACAAGAAAGACAUCAGCCUGUACAUUAUGAUGCAAUUAAAAUAAUUAAACAAAGCAUGUCCAUACCUGUUGUGGCUAAUGGAGACAUUAAAACUUUAAAAGAUGCUGAAAAUGUUCAUCACUUGACAGGAGCAGAUGGUAUAAUGGUGGCUCGAGGACUCUUAGCAAAUCCGGCGAUGUUUGCAGGAUACGAAGAGACACCUUUGGAGUGCAUCCAGGACUGGGUUGACAUUGCUCUUGAGCAUGGAACUCCUUUUACAUGUUUUCACCACCACUUGAUGUACAUGAUGGAACGCAUAACUUCAAAACAAGAGAAAAAAGUUUUUAAUGCUUUAUCAAGUACCUCAGCAGUACUAGAUUAUCUGAGCGACCAUUAUGGCGUGUGAUAACUGAAAGUAUUUUAGUCCUAUGUAAACUUGUAUUUUGCAAUUGUCAGCACAUUGUUGAAGUUUUAAUUGGGUUCCUACUUAUAAGUCAUACUCAUAUAUUGCAUAUUUUCAACACAGCAUCACAUUCUGAUCAGGAUAAUACUUUAGUAUUUUUAUGUCAGCAUUUUUCACUCCAGAAAAUAUUCCAGAUUGCACAAAUGUUGUGUUCUAUUUAAAAUGCACUACUACAUAGAGGAUUAUUGUAAGAUUCCAGUAAUUUUUUUUCACCAGACAAUUGCUCACAGCAGUGUGUUUGCAAAACUAGGGCCUUUCUUAUGUGAAACCUCCUAAAUUCAGAACAACUACUCAUAAAUAACACCAAGAAUUUGAGACCAAAAUAAUAUGAAGGGAGCAAUUAUAGGCAUUUUUGCCUUAACUGACAUAAGCUGUACCUUUGAGUACAUUUUUCAGGUUUAAAGACUGCGAGGCCUUGAGGCCCAGCAUAGUAUCCUCUUUAAAAUUAAAUGUUUCUUUUGCAGUUUUAAACUUUCUAAACUUGCUUACAACUCAGAAAAAUUCCACACUUCGUAUAGUGAAAGAAGCCUAGAACAGAUAAAUGACAGAAAGAAGGAAAGAGUAAAAUGAAGAGAUAGUUUAAAGUAGGUACAAACAACUGAAUCUAAAUUAAAAGACUUGAAAGUUCAACCUAACUAAAUUCAGUUUUGUUGAUCUACUGCAUAAUAAUUAUAUAAAAGACUAAAUCCCUGUCAUAUACCAAAACAGAACUUUAUAGGUCAAAGAAAAGCUAACAGAUUCUCUCAGUGGGGCUCUCACAGUCCUUUCUGCCUGCUGGCAUGUUGCUUAUCAAAGCAUGACAGCCACUUGGCUUAGAAUCUUUGUAUAGGAGGGAAAUCGUGAAAAUUAGAACAAGAUAAUAACAUUACAGACCAGCUGCAUUUGUUCUGCAAGGGAAAUUUCACAAAUCUGUGCAGUACAAUUAUUUGUAAUCAAAUAGUUUGUUUUCUUUAAAUGUUUACACAUAAAUUCAUACCAGAAAUUGCUUAGUUUUCUGACUCUGAUACUUCUGUGAAUAUACAAGUAAACAGUUCUAAAUUUUCUAAAUAAAUUACUUGGUUUUGUAUGCAA